UGCAUGCAAUGGACUAUCUUUCAAGUCCGUAUUGCCGAUUAAAUAAAAUUUUACUGUCAUGUUUAGGCGAGUGGCCAUACCAAACGUCAACUCAAAGACGAUUUAUACGGAGUAUUGUUUAUUUUCUUAGUGCUAGUAUUAUUAUACCAAAGAUCAUAAAACUUAUUAAAGUUUGGGGUAAUUUGGAUAUGAUUGUUGAGUGCAUACCAAUGUUACUACUUGACGCUGUUAAUUUUGUUAAAGUUGUUAAUGGUUUUAUUAAUUUUCAAAAGAUGCGUGAACUCUUUGAUAGGAUCCAAGAUGAUUGGAGGCUCAAUUAUAGCAAAAGAGAAUUUGAAAUAAUGCAUAAAUAUGCCGAAGAUGGUAAAAAACUAUCGCAGUAUUAUGCUUCUUAUAUGUAUGCAACGAUGUUGGUAUAUUUUUGCAUGCCAAUAAUUCCAAAAGUACUGGAUAUAGUAUUGCCACUAAAUACAACACGCCCAGAAUUAUAUUUAUUUGAAGCUGAAUAUUUUAUUGACCAGCAAAAAUUUUACUAUCCAAUUUUGAUUCAUGCUUACAUUACAUGCGCAGUUGCUGUUUCAAUAUUAGUUGCUUUUGACACUGAAUAUGCCAUUCAAGCAUUACAUGGCUCUGGAAUUUUUUCAGCCUUGAGAUAUAAAUUAGAAAAUUUGGUUAUCAAAGACGAUGAAGCAGAUUACAAAAAUGAUGAAAAAAUAAAACAAACGACAUACAAUAUGGUUGUACAAUGUGCAAUUCUUCAUAAAAGAGCGCUAGACUACGCUGAUCUUUUAGAAUCAUCACGUGUGACAUAUUUUUUCUUUGUUCUCCUUGUCAAUAUUGCCGCAAUAAGUAUCACUGGAGUCCAGACAGUAAUGAAAUUGGACCAACCCACUGAAGCCAUUAGAUUUGGUGUCUACACUUUAGCACAAAUAACUCAUAUUUUUUACAACAGCUAUCCUGCUCAAAUGUUGUUUGACAAUAGUUGGAAAACAAGUGACGCAAUCUUUGCUGGAAACUGGUAUCGAGCUGGAAGUAAAUCAAAGAACCUACUACAUAUGAUGAUAUUAAGAAGUCGCAUUCCUUGUAAGCUGACAGCUGGAAAAAUUUAUCUCAUGUCCUUCGAAAAUUUUACUGGCGUGGUUAAAACAUCGAUGUCGUACUUUACAGUUUUGUUGUCUUUUCAAUAA